AUGGAGCAUCCAACAACAACUCAUUUCAAGGCAGCUAAGAGGAUCCUACGCUAUAUCAAAGGUACUAUCAACUUUGGCUUGUACUACUCUAUCUCUGAAGAUUACAGGCUUGUUGGAUAUAGCGAUAGCGAUUGGGGUGGAGAUGUAGAUGACCGGAAAAGCACAAGUGGCGUCGUGUUUUUCAUUGGAGAAACCGCUUUCACAUGGAUGUCAAAGAAGCAACCAAUUGUCACUCUUUCUACUUGUGAAGCGGAGUAUGUGGCAGCUACUUCAUGUGUUUGCCAUGCCAUUUGGUUACGAAACUUGCUAAAGGAGUUGAACCUACCACAAGAGGAGCCAACAAAGAUCUUUGUGGAUAACAGGUCGGCAAUAGCAUUGGCGAAGAAUCCAGUCUUCCAUGAUCGGAGUAAGCAAUCGAUACUCGUUAUCACUACAUUAGAGAAUGUGUUACCAAGAUGGAUGUGCAGUUAG